AUGGCAGGACUGGCGCGGAAGUUCGUGGACUGCUACAAAGUCCUCGGUCUCCCGCCCACAUGCACAGAUGGAGAAAUUAAAAAAAAGUUCGCAGAACUCGCCAAACAGCUCCACCCCGACAGUGGCUCGGCGUCACAGUGCCGAGACAAGUUUCAGGCCGUCACAGAGGCGUACAGGCAGCUCACGGCGAACCGCCGCGAGUACGACGCGCUCUACGAGGCGAACGUGGGCAGCAGAGACGGAUUUUCUACCUUUUCGUCCUUCUUGGGGAAAAAGCGAAGCCCAGACGCCAGCUCCUUUUCCGCCGGAGGAGGCUUCGCGAAGAGCGAACCCUUCGCCCACGACGCUGCCUUCUGGGAAGCUCUUUACGGCCAGCGCAACUUUCGGCACGCGCAGGGGGCCUUCUGGGCGACCGGCCGCCAGCCUCCAGGAGGACCGAAAUUCUGGCGUUCGCUCGACGACGAUGAAGAAGAUUUUUCGCAUUUCGAGCCCGAAUGGAAACGCCGCGGAGGCGCCUUUCGCUCGCAUCCGCGGCGCGAGGCAGAGGCAUCGUUUUCUGCAGCGGAAGGCCGCGAGCGAGGCAGGCGCAAGGUCGACGGGGAUGAUGCGGCGAGGGAUUUCGAGCGGCGAGGGGUCCAAGGGAGCCGCCGAGCAGGAAGAGGUGGCGGCGAAGGAGCCGCGAGCCGCCGCUCGAGAGAGGCCAGUGAGACGCGCGGAGGAGGCGGCAGUCCGCGACACGCGCGUGGCGGCGCUUCAUCGUCGGUUUUUGAGGAAGAGUGCUUCGCCACCGAGAGCAGAAAUCGGUUUGAUCCCGAGGAAGAGUGGUUCGAGGACACGAAAUACCGCGCGCGGAACCACGCGCAAGACGGCCGGCUUAAAGACGGCGGCGACGCCUACGCGAACCGCAGCGCCGCGCGGCGGAAGCCCAAAGAAGGAGGCGCGCUGGGACGCUGGCGGCAGUGGCGCGAAGUCGACGUCUGCGUGGUGGAGGAGGACGACGACGUCGAGCCCCGCGCGCGCACCAAGAGCCGAAAGCCGCGCGAGGAGGAAACCGCAGGAAGGCGCCAGGGGACCGCGCGGGCGACGAGAGACACGCGGAAAGACGGCGAUGCGGGGGACGUGGGACGCGCGAAGACUGCAAGAGGAGGCGGCAGACGCAGAGGCGAAGACCAGACCGACGAAGAAAACAGAGACGAGCCCGAAGAUGGAGAAGGAGAAAAGCAGGGGAGUGCCUGCGCACGGCGCCACUCAGACCCCCCGAGCGCGGGGAACGAGGAGCGUUCUUCGUGGGCUGAAACCAAGAAGUUCAGCGAACAUGCGGAGGCGGGUGCGAGCUCUGCGCCGAAAGACAAGCAAGCGCGAGAAGGCGCCGACGGGCGCGUGGAGGAGGCAAGACGCGCAGAGGGACGCGUGGGCGCGGACGGCGAGAGCGACAUUUCGUGCAGCCGCAUGGUCUCUUCGUUCGGGUUGUCGGCAGACGCCGCUGAAGCUUCCGAGGGGCCUUCGUCGCGCACGCCGCGACCGUCUUCCGAGGCACUCGAUGACCCUGAAUGUGCUGACGCCGGGGUGGGCUCUCCUCGACGCGGCGCUGUCUCUCGCACGUUGGACGAAGAGACGGCGGAGACCUUUGAGGGCGACAGCUGUGUCUUUCAAACGGGGCCGGGGGCGGGAAAGCCGCGCCGAAGAAGCGGAGGAGAGGAGGCACAGAGUCAGGCGGAAAGGAGUGAGGCGGAGGCGAGCUGCGGCGAAGCUGACGCUGAAACCAGAGGCGCCAGAGGGCAAGGCAAACCCGAGGGCAAGGCAGAGCGCCCAGCAGGAAAGAAGGAGACAGAAGGAGCGGCGGAGGGCAGACGAAUGGAAGCUCAGCAUUUCGACGUCUACAGCGGCGGCCGCGCCGCCAGAGGAGCCAGAAAUUUUUUCGAUAGCGACAGCGAGGGCGACGACGCCGCCGCUUACACAUUCUUCAGCAGACGCUACGGCGAGCCUGAGUCUGACUUUUGUCGAGGCUGCGGUCGCGGCUCUCCCUCUUCGAGCUCGGAGUGGGAUGAAGACGAAGACUUCGGCGGACGCGGCGCCGGCAGGGCAGCAUUUUGGGGCGCCCGAUGCGGCGGAGCCGACAGCGAAGACGAGCAAGACGAUGAAGACUUUCAGCUUAGCGCAGGGGGAGACCGAGAGCGAACGCGCUCCUGGGCGUCGCGAGGCGGUCGGGGGGCCUCCCCGUGCGGAGGCAAUGCAGAAAGAGGCGGAAAAAACCAGGAUCGACGCGGCGCCGAGCAACGCGCCCGGGGCUUGAAGGAGGUCGAUGUCUAUACACUCGCUUCAGCAUUGCGGAAAAAAGGGCAACAUCAAGCACUACCGCGAAUGACGUACUCCAACAAAGAAGGCCACGACAACCGAAUCGAAGGUGUACUCUUCCUCAACGAGGCCCCAAUUCGAGAUUGGCUCAAGACCUACGGCGACCGGGGGCGCGUCUACGGGGUGUACCGAGACGGGGCCUUUCUGUACAGUUUAGAGUGGAAAAAAAAGAAACACUGGGGCAAGGUUGGAGCGCACGCGACGUACACCGCCUCUCACUGUUGA